UUUGUCGACUUCCCCACUUCCGGUAGUCCCACUGCGUAAAGGGCACUCCUUUUUUAGAAGUUGACACAUUGGUCCUUGGAGUUGUGCAGAAGAACAGCAAGCGAAAUGGUUUCUCUAUCGUUAAAUUCCAUAAAACAGAUCAUGAAGGCUAUGGUUGACACUCCUGGGUUCGAUCGUGUUUUGAGCAAGGUAGAUGUUCUGUCCGCGAGCCCCGGUAAGGUGGUGUGUGAGAUGAAGGUCGCGGAGGAGCAUACGAAUCGAGGUGGAACCCUUCACGGAGGUCUCACGGCGACCCUGGUCGAUGUCAUCUCCACCACUGCCAUUAUGUACUCCGAGAGAGGAGCACCGGGAGUCAGUGUCGACAUGAAUAUCACGUACAUGAAUGCUGCCAAAGUGGGUGAGGAUGUCCUCAUCACAGCGCAGGUUCUGAAGCAGGGAAGGACCUUGGCUUUCGCCACUGUGGACCUCACCAACAAAGCCACAGGGAAACUCAUAGCUCAAGGGAGGCAUACCAAGCACCUCGGAAGUGGCUGAAUUCAACACAUCUGUGUUGAUUGAGAAUAGGGACACAUUGAAUGCUGUAUUAUUUGUAUGAUGAGUGUAAAUACCGUUUCAACGCUGGCAAAUAAAAGACAAGGGCAUUUCCAAAACGCU